AUGUCCACGUCACCAAUCGAUGCCCCACUUACGCUGUCAAGUCCGCCAACGGGAAGUGGAAGCAAAGACGUUAACAAGCCUUUCAAGGUCCGUUCGGAGCUGUUGGCAUCCACUCGCCUGGCCUCAAAGGCUCAGCUACUGCAUCAUAACCGUUCAUUGUCGAUCCAAGUGAUCGCCCAUGAAGUUUUCUUGCUGGUUAUUGCAUGCACUAAAUGUUUUGCAGUAGCAAACAAAGAACCACCCAUGAUAGGAAUUUUGGGAGGCGGCAAUGUUGGAACCACAGUUAUCAUGACACUCUUAGCCAAUGGAUACCGUGCCGAGCGUAUGGCGCUGUCCACCCGUCAACCAGAUCGAAUCCCUCGAUGUGAAGCACUAAAAGCUCCUUCAGCUCUGCCAAUGUUCCAGUUACUACGACAAUGCACGUUGAAGAGCGUGACUAUUCAAAUUCGACACUCACUGGCUGCAAGCGCAGAAGCCCCGCCACUUGUGAUCAGUGCGCUGUGUGGUGUCACUGAUCAUACUUUGAGUAAGGCCUGUGGAUCCCAAGCAGUCGUCCGAGUGCAGCCUGAAGUCACGAAAAUUGCGAGCUUAUGGCAUGAGCAACACGAGGAACAUGCUGAUGAAGAGCAACCUGUCGAUGCUCGACUAGCGAGUUUAUCGAUGAACUUGCCGGAUUAUCAACAAGGUAUGGCUGGUCGAGAUCAGCAGCUUCUACCACUUCGUCUAGCAGCAGAAGCAAUCGCAACCCAAAGAGAAGAAGUACGCAACUUAAUGCAAGCGUUUUGCUUGCUUUGCCGUCGCGCUUGGAGCCAAGCUAUGAGCACAGAGGGCAUAGGGAAAGUGCUAUUUGGUGACAAGAAUGAAGUGGUAAUGGAAUCCCUUGGCCAGGUGCUAUCCGACUCCAAUGGAGAACAGCAGCGGCAGAAUGAGGACAGCAAUAACCCGUUUGUGAGUUCGAAUUGGCCAUUGGAAUGGGAGCAGGAUUUGGUCGAUCUAUAGGCACAACUAGUAUUGCAUGCUCUACAGCACUCAACGUAAAACAAGAUAGGGCGGUAAAUAUAGCGAAAUGUGCUUUUUUUUCGA